UUUAGAAAAACACUCUACCCAGACAGGUAGAAGGGCGGCUGGGAGGGCAGGACGGGAGUCUGCCAAUACCAGGGCAGUUUAGUCAGAGGAGGAAGCUCUGGACGCGGGCGCCCUCUGCCCGGCCUGUGGGUGUGCGCGGCUCACUGAACUGCGCGAAGCGACCAAGAGAGGGUCAGUUUCGCUUGGUGCCACCGUGUCGCCGUAACAAGAGCAAACAAGGACAUUUUCCAAUCACAGAGCCCUUCUCCCUACCCACCUGCGACGGUGAGAACCCAGCCGAACAGGACUGGCGGCUCCAGGUCCGGUCCACACCAGACCUCGCUCCGCCCCCUGCUCCGUCGGGCCAGAUCCACACAAAAGCCCAGGGGCCUUCCUGUCCGCGGGACCCACAACCUCGCGACGCCGGGCCCAGGAUCGCAUGGACAGCCAGGCACCCGAAGCCCCCCACGGGGACGUACUGCGGGACAAGGCAGAAAAUCUACUUCAGGAACUUCAAGAACAUUUUCAAGCUCUUACUACAACAUUAAACCACAGGACAGAAGAAAUGGGAAAUCGUAUUGAGGACUUACAGAAGAAUGUGAAUGACCUAAUGGUGCAAGCUGGGAUUGAAAAUUGUUUUAAAGAACAAAUGACCAACAACAUGUAACAUGACCAGUCCAAACAAUCACUGAAAAGAAGGCUCCAAAACCCAGCUAAAUCUAACCAACUGGAAAGAAGAAGCAGGUGUCUGUGAGACUUAGACUUUGUUUGCUUCCAAGAAAACCAGGCUGCCCUGUAUUUCUUACCCUGGAGAUAGAUGCUUUUUCUCUCAAACAGAGCUGUCUGGAGUUGUGAGAUCACCUCACCCUACUCUACCCUACAGAACUAAUUAUUGAAAAAAAGCAUGAAGAUCCAACUCAAGCUAAUUUCUUCUGUUGUACAAAGAACUUUCAAGUAGUUAUUCAGCUUGCCUCUCUCCAAGACAAAGUAAAAUACAAUUAUCUAAAAAAGGGGGAGGGAGAAAAGGGGAAGUAAAAAUUAAGAUGCUAGGUAUACCAACUCCCCAUGAUAA